AUGCCCUCCUGGCCAGCCAUGCUGCUGGGCAGCCUCCUCCUCACGGUGGCCACCAUGACUGCAGCCCAGCGGAGGGGCCAGAAGGCGGGCGGGUGCCGCCGGACACAUCGGGUCCAGCAUGGCCAAUGCAGCUACACCUUUGUGUUGCCUGAGCCUGAGCCCUGUCCACCAGAGCCCGAGCCCUUCGGGGGCUCCAACAGCCUUCAGAGGGACUCGCCAGCCGCCGCACUGCACCUGGGGGACUGGCCAAGCCAAAGGGUGCGGCAGCUGGAGAAGGUGCUGGAGAACAACACACAGUGGCUACGGAAGCUAGAGAGGUACAUCCAGAUGAACUUGAGGUCCGAGCUGGCACAGGCCCAGCAGCACAUGGUCCAGAAUCAGACAGCCACCAUGCUUGAGCUGGGCACCAGCCUCUUGAACCAGACUACCGCCCAGACCCGCAAGCUGACCGACGUGGAGGCUCAGGUCCUGAACCAGACAUCGCGCAUGGAGAUCCAGCUGCUGGAGACCUCACUGUCCACCAACAAGCUGGAGAAGCAACUGCUGCUGCAGGGCCAUGAGCUCCACCGGCUGCAGGGCCGCAACAGCGCACUGGAGUCACGGGUGCAGGCCCUAGAAAUUCAACAACAGGCGGAGCUGGCCAACCUCCGCGGCGAGAAGGAGCGGCUGCAGCGCCUGCUGGGUCGCCAGAGCGGCGCCCUCGCUGGUCUCGAACGCAGCCUGCGCGCCGCCAGCAGCAACUCCAGUCUCCUGCAGCGCCAGCAGCGGCAGCUGCUGGAGUCGGUGCAGCGGCUGGUGCGCGUCGUCGCCCAGGGCCCGGCCUCCAUGAAGGCAGCAGAGCAGGUGUUCCAGGACUGUGCAGAGAUCCAGCGCUUCGGGGCCAAUGUCAGUGGCACUUACACCAUCCACGUGGCCAAUGUGAUGGAGGCCAAAAAGGUGUUCUGUGACAUGGAGGCCAGUGGAGGCGGGUGGACCCUCAUCCAACGCCGUGAGAAUGGCAGUGUGAAUUUCCAGCGGAACUGGAAGGACUACAGACAGGGCUUCGGCGACCCUGCCGGUGAACACUGGCUGGGCAAUGAGGUGGUGCACCAGCUCACCAGCGGGGCGGCCUACUCUCUGCGCGUGGAGCUGCGAGAUUGGGAAGGCAAUGAGGCCUAUGCCCAGUACGAGCAUUUUCAGCUGGGCAGCGAGGGGCAGCUGUACAGGCUUUCCCUGAGUGGGUACAGCGGCUCGGCAGGGCGCCAGAGCAGCCUGGUCCUGCAGGGCACCAACUUCAGCACCCGCGACGCUGACAAUGACAACUGCCUCUGCAAAUGUGCCCAGAUGCUGUCUGGAGGGUGGUGGUUUGACGCCUGUGGCCUCUCCAACCUCAAUGGCAUCUACUACCCAGCCCGCCACCAUGUGCGCAAGCUCAACGGCAUCCGCUGGCACUACUUCCAGGGACCCAGCUACUCACUGCGAGCCACACGCAUGAUGGUGCGGCCCGUGGGCAUCUAG